GGACCGGGGCAAGUACCAAGGUCUUCAAAUCUAGGAUUACUCAUUAUGAUACUUGGUUACAAUCCAGUGUUGCAAGCACUGCUAGGAACCUUACUGACGUGGGGAUUGACAGCUGCUGGCUCAGCACUUGUAUUUAUCUUUUCCAGUGGGCAGAGACAAAUCCUGGAUGGAAGUCUAGGCUUUGCUGCAGGGGUUAUGCUGGCUGCUUCUUACUGGUCCCUUCUUGAACCUGCUAUUGAACUAGCUGAGGACUCUGGGAAGUUUGGAGCCUUCGCCUUCCUCCCUGUAGCCAUUGGCUUCACUCUGGGAGCAGCAUUUGUAUACCUCACUGACCUCCUCCUUCCAUGGCUGGAUAUCAAUGUAUCUCCUCAAACAUCACUGGCUUUAAGUUACGAUUCAAAAGUGAUUAAAGAGAAAUAUGAACAGCAGGCCACGGAUCAUCAGGAGUAUGAAAAUGAACUGUCCAUCCGGAUAGGUAGAACAGCUUUACAUUCAGACAAAGGUGAAAAUGGGGAACCAUAUCAAAGGAGGAAAGGUGCUGGACAUAAUCAGCCAGAUCUUCCUGCAGCGUCCCAAACUCUCAAAGACAGCCCUCCUGUUCCAGCAAGCAGCAGUUGGAGGAGGAUCAUGCUGUUGAUUUUAGCAAUAACAAUACACAACAUUCCUGAGGGUUUGGCUGUUGGUGUUGGAUUUGGUGCUGUUGGAAAGUCACCUUCUGCAACUUUUGAAAGUGCAAGGAAUUUAGCCAUUGGGAUUGGCAUUCAGAAUUUUCCAGAAGGGUUGGCCGUCAGUCUUCCCUUGCAUGGGGCAGGAUUUUCAACAUGGAGAGCAUUCUGGUAUGGGCAGUUAAGUGGCAUGGUGGAGCCCCUAGCUGGCAUCUUUGGUGCUUUUGCCAUGGGGCUAGCAGAGCCUCUCCUCCCAUUUGCUUUGGCUUUUGCUGCUGGAGCAAUGGUGUAUGUGGUGAUGGAUGAUAUCAUCCCAGAAGCACAGAUCAGUGGCAAUGGGAAGCUGGCUUCCUGGACCGCCAUCUUAGGAUUUGUGGUUAUGAUGUCCCUGGAUGUAGGACUUGGAUAAUAAGAAAUAAUGCCUUUUUUCAAAUUGAAAAUGCAUCAAAAUGCAUCAAAACAGGAGAAAUUGCACAGCAGAAAUUGCAGCUGGACUAUUAUAUUUUACAUUAUUGUGUGGAAUUGAACUGGUAUUGAUUUAAUUAUAUUGAUUUUUUAAACUUGUCAUAAUAUAUAUGGAGAUGAUCUUGGGAAGCAGGUUCUUUUUGUGCAUUUGUUCUUUUGCCUCUAAUUAGUUCUGUUUCUUCAAGGCUGUUGGUUAUGAAACAUAAUCAUGAGUUUUAAGAGGUUUUUUUUUAUUCUUCUCAUUGUUGAGGCAGGUUUCCAUAAAUGUAACUGUCCAGUAUGGUGUAUAAUUGAUGGUCUUUGCUGUAUGUAUUGUGUUGUAUGGAACAAAGUGGGACAGCCUCAGAAACCUUCAAGGCUUAUAGUUUUCUAUUGACACACAAUGAGCUACAACACAGGUGUGUUGAGUCUUUUCUUCAGGAAUUUGGAAAUAUUUACUUUUAUAAGUUGCCGAAAUAAAUUGUUUUUUUAAAUAAUCAAGAGCAUAGAUUAGAUUUUAGGAGAUUUACUUGGACAGCAAGGCUGAAUUGUUAAUGUGCCCUUUACACAUCCUGCACUAAACAGUUCUCAGCAGUAAAUCUCUGCAGGUGGAUCAGAAUUUCUUGACAAUGUAUAGUUUGUUCUGCAUUGUCACUGCAAGUAAAAAAAGACAGUAGUGUUUUGUUUCAUUGUUUAAACCAAUAAUAAUAAACCUGUUCCAAACUUUUUUCUACCUUUGGGGAUCAAUGGUAAAUGGUCUUGUGUUUAAAAAAAAUGUUUUGAGGAAUUGCACUGGAUAUAAAGAUGGCAUGACUCAACAAAGGUUAAUAUAAACAAAUCAUUUUUUCUAACUAUCUGACAAAUCUGUCAUAAAUGUGUGCCAAGGCCCUUGUAUAAGAAGAUAAUAUCCACGAGGCUGUACAGUCUGAAGGACUAGACAAUUUUACAGAUCUAGCAAGAGAACUUAGUAUAUGUAUGGGAUGUACCUUUGACUCAGGACUGUUUGCUUUACAUCUCCAGUAUUUAUUCUUCCAAAUGAAGCCUUAAGAAUUGUGCUUGAGAUCUCUCUUCCCAGAGGUUACCAGUGGGGUUCAUGCAAAUGGAUAAAUACUGCCAAUAGUAGCCCCAUUCCUAGCCUAUACCAUAGUGGUAAUUAGUUAGGCUUUUCUGAUAAUUCUUAGUGUCCCAGGAGAGAUGGAAUAUUAGAUGAUUGUUUCCAGACCUAAAUGAAUAUUCUAGAGUAAAGCUUUCUAAGAGCCAUGCAACUUCCAUUAACUAACAAGUAUUCUUGAACAAAAUUAAAUUAUAUAGAAUUGUUUCUUCAUUUUGACAAAGGGGUUUGUUAUUAUGCACAAGGACCAGUACAGAAUGAUGUUUGUAAUUGAUUUUUUCUUUAAAAAAAAAUCUGAAUAAAAAGGGAUCAAUAAUGUG